AAAGGAAUAGGAGGGACGAUGAAUGGACAUGGGGUGCAUGCAUGGGCCCGUUUCUCCCCCAGUGUUUCGGUUAUGUUAGCUGUUGGACACCGAUCUGGCGAUGGUCGUAACCACGAUCUUUCCAGUGACACUUCGGGAUCGCUAUCGCAAUCGUUACGAGGAUUUCUUCAGGGGCUUCCUCGAUUACGUCCGGAAGUCGAUCAACGACGAUCCCGAGAGGAAGUACUACUUCACCGGGCACUCAUUGGGAGGGGGCUUGGCGGCUCUAGUGGCGCUCGAGAUGAGCCGUGUGGCCGUGACGUUCUCAAGCCCAGGGUUGGAGCAGGUGUCCAAGAUCGUGAUCCGUGAGUCUCGCGACCAGCUCCGCCGACCGCCGGAGCGGAGCUGGCGGCGCCCUCUUUUUUUAGCUUGGUGCUGGGGCCAGCCGCUGGGGUGCCGUGUGUUACGUGUGUUCCCUGCCCGUGCCCCCCCUCCCCCCCUCAGCGGAUGGAGGCCAUGGGACUCCAGC